AUGAAGGGAUAUGACAUGCCAUCGUCAUUAGAUGAACUUUUAAGUAAAGAUGAGAUAAGGGAAUCAUCAAAACAAAGUACACCAUUUAACAUAAAUAGGAAUGUUGUGUUAUUUAUAUAUUUUAUGUUAAUUGUAUUAACAAACCGUUUGUUUUUUGGAUGGCCAAAUUUAUCGAACUUAUUAUUUAGAGAUGAUGCAUAUAUAUGGAAAUGCCCCAAAAAUUCAAAUGGGACAUAUGAUAGAUCUCCUGAUAAAAGAUAUGUAUGUGAAGAUCAAGAUAAAGCAGUUCAAACAAUUUUUAUAUUUGGAUCAUCUGCAUAUUUUGCAUUUUCUUUUUUCAAUGGAUUAAUAGUUGAUUACUUAGGUUCUAGACUUAGUGUAUUAUUAGGCCAUAUAUUAAAUUUACUUGGAUGGAUAAUAUUAGUUAUGUCAGGAGAAAAUUUUGAUGGAUAUGUUGUAGGUGGUGUGUUUAUGGCUGCAAGCAUUGAUUUAGCAUCAUUUUCAACAUUAAAUGUAUCAGGUUUAUUUCCAGGAAAUGAAAAUUUAAUAGUUAAUAUAAUAUCAGGUGCUGGAUCUUUAUCACCAGGAGUCAUGACAAUUUUAGAUAUCAUUAUAACCAGCUUUGAUUUUAAUUUCCGAUCAUUUAUGUUAUGUUAUAUGUGUAUAAGUGUUGGCUUUUUUUUUAUUUUGUCAAUAUUCUUUUUCCCCAAAUCUCGAUAUUAUAGGCAAUAUGAGUUUGAUAAUUAUUAUAGCACAAAAGAAUUUGCUUUAAAAAAUAGUCUUGAAAAUGGCAAUUAUGAUUCAGAUAAAAAUAAAAAAAUAACCAGUAGUAAAAAUACAUCAAAAAGCCUUGAGUUAGAGAAUAAUAAAAAAUGUGGAUUUUUUAAGUCAAAAUAUUUCAAAGAUUUAAUAAAUAUAUUUACCUGUGCUCAUUUCUUAUGUUUAUGGAUAUAUGGUCCUUUAAAUGCAAUAUAUAACACAUUUUAUUAUAGUGUUGUUGAAAAUAUAUUAUCAAAAGAGAAAAAUGAUUUACUUGGAUAUAUCUUACCAUUUUCUGUGAUCCCAUGUAUUAUAUUAGGAAAUUUAUCAGAUAAAUUUGGCGUAAUGAUUAUCAUAAUAUAUGAAUUAACAUUUGCUUUAUUUAUGUAUGGAUUCAGUUUUUUAAAAUCAAAUUAUGCACACUGGGCUUCAGUUAUUUCAAAUGUUUUAUAUUCAGCAUGUGCAAAUGGGCAGAUAUGGACAUUUAUAUCAUAUACAUUUAGUUCAAAAUACCAUUCAACAUUAAUUGGAUUAUUAAAUUUUGUUUGUGGUAUUGUAUCAUUUGUUCGUAUUUUAUUGCUUGAAUGGGCUAAAAGUGUAAAUUACGAUUUUACUUAUAUUAAUUUACUUAUUGUAGGAUUUAUUUUUAUUAAUGUAGUGAUAGCAAGUAUCCUUGGUUUUAUUAUAAAAGUGAAAGGAAACAAAGUUCAAUACGGAGAUGAAGAUGUUAAUUAA